AUGUCAGAUGAAAUUGAUGAUUUAUCAUUUCCAAAUGAAUACGACCUAUGUUUUUAUUUUAAUAUUAAUAAUAAAAUACUUUCUUCUUUCGAAAGUGCUAAUCAAUAUCCUACAAAUCCUAAACGUAAAACAGUGACAGUUCAACAUAUAUUUAAACCAUUAGAAACAAAUCAAUUUUAUAUGGUUAUUCAACCAUUACAACAAGCAUUAAAAGAAUCAACUGCUGAAAAUAAUGAUGAAGAAGAUAAUAAUCAACUUGAAGAACCACAAAAUGAUUCGAAUAGAAAUAAAUAUCCAUUUAUAUUUUAUAAAAAACGUCCAUUUAUUUUAGUUAAUAUUGAUAGUGGUGUUACUAUUUUACAUCUUGAUUCACGACCUUUAACUGAUACAAGUAUAGGUAAAUCACUGUGA